GUGCUUUUCGGCCGGAACCGCCAUCUUCCAGUAAUUCACCAAAAUGACGAACACAAAGGGAAAGAGGAGGGGCACGCGGUACAUGUUCUCCAGGCCGUUCAGAAAACAUGGAGUUGUUCCUUUGGCCACAUACAUGCGAAUCUAUAAAAAAGGUGAUAUUGUAGACAUCAAGGGAAUGGGUACUGUUCAGAAAGGAAUGCCCCACAAAUGUUACCAUGGCAAGACAGGAAGAGUCUAUAAUGUCACCCAGCAUGCUGUUGGCAUUGUUGUUAACAAACAAGUCAAGGGCAAGAUUCUUGCCAAAAGAAUUAAUGUGCGUAUUGAACAUAUUAAGCACUCGAAGAGUCGAGAUAGCUUCCUGAAACGUGUGAAGGAAAAUGACCAGAAAAAGAAGGAAGCCAAGGAGAAAGGCACGUGGGUUCAGCUGAAGCGCCAGCCUGCUCCACCAAGAGAAGCACACUUUGUGAGAACCAACGGAAAGGAGCCCGAGCUUCUGGAACCUAUUCCCUAUGAAUUUAUGGCUUAAUGGGUGUCAAAAAUAAAAGAUCUCUGGAUCAUAAAAAAAAAAAAAAAAAAAAA